AUGACCAAACAUUAUGUUCCGUGCACAGAUUCCACGACGCUGUACUCGUGUGACUACGAAAACAUCACUCUCACCAUAGAUGGAAAUUUGGUGCAGCAAAGGAAAGAAAUGCGUACACUGUUCCAUCUACUGAAGCCUCUAUGCACAACCUCGUACAGUCUCAACUUCAACAUCAUAUCCAAAUUUUCGGGAGAAAAUCAAACCAAAUCAAAAUUGUCAAAAAAUUUCAUUUCUUCUCUCAGAAGUGCAAAACUUAUUUUAAAUUAUUCAAUAAAUUCAUUGAAGGAUUUCAAAUGUGAGUUCGUACCUCAGGUGAUAGAGAGUGUCAUCAAUGACAUUCCCAUUCAGUUGGUGGACGGGUGGAUGGACUGUUGCAUGCUGUAUCUCUCUGUCCUACAAGACUUGACAUGUUUUGAUGAGGGUCACUCCAAUAAACACACCCGUAAGAUCCAGGUGCAUUAUGAUGAGUGUGUCAAAAUGUUUGUCGACGAAUUCAACGCGGUGAAUCAUUCCCCAAUAUUCAUCCCAUCAACGACAUCUGACGUGGCGAUUUCAUCAGAAGUUUGCAAUGAUGAUUUUGUCGCUGGAUAUCAUUCAGAAUCAUCAACCUCUUCUACUUUAUCACAACCAGCUACAUCUUUGAAUAUGAAAAAUAAAGUACAAGCGUACAACAAGUUACUCUUCCUCGGUUCCAUCAUAACUUCCAUGUCCAUGGUCAGUCUGAGUAAGAGAAGUUGCGAAAGUUUCGUUCAUGAUGAACUCGACAAGCAUUCGAACGAGUCUUGUUGGAGCUUAAUUAAAUUUUUUGCCCAAUUACUUCCCAAAAAUGUAAUUAGUACUGGACUGGAUGACAACACAAAUAAAGACAACGAUAACAUUACUAACUACGCUACCAUCAGCAACAAUGUUGAAAGGUGCAGAAAUAACACAAUGGAACCAACCAAUCUUUUCAACAUUUUGUUACUCAACGAUUCGACGCUGCCCCACAUAAACCACAUCCUGAUGACCUACCUGCUAAGGUUCGAACUCUACCUCACUCAGUUGGUCGGCAGAUCUUCCGAUGCUUCCUCUAUGCCUUCCCACUUCCAAACAAUCCUCAGGCUUCCUCUGGUAAACGUCUUGAAAGAAAUUUGUUUGAAGUAUGACGCUCUGCUUGCCGAUGUUCGUAACAAAAAAUUACGAAGUAAUAGCAGAAGUGAGAUAUUUAUGAGUGCCGCUAGUGGCAGUUAUUUAUCGGAGCUGUUUAAAAAUUCAGUAACUAUUCUGGGAAGAAUUGUUGUUUUGUUGAAGCUUGUCAGAUCAAAAUAUGUUUCAUCAACGAAAAUAAAAUUCUCGUCUCCCGUCGCUACACUGACAUCUGCAAAUAACUCUGUUAACAAUGGCAACCAGCGUUUUUAUCACAACAACAACAACAAAAGACAUCACCAUGACUUUGUUUUCGGCUCACCUCUCCAUAAAAUUACAACGAAUGUCGACAUUCUAAUCAGAGGCAUCGAGAACAACUACGUUGAUAACACCAAUGCUGCAACCAACGACAUCGGCAGUAAGAGUCGCAACGACAACAACGAUUGUCUCGUUGCUUCCACCGUACGAUUGUUGUUACAUUUAUUUCGCAGUGCACGAAACACUUCGUCGAAAUCAUCAGCAUUGUCCGUCAUUUCGGAAUGUGGUUUCUGCUGUUGUUUAGAUUUCAAUAAAGUGUCAGAUUUCAUUUUGCAAACGUACAACGAGGUGGAUGUUGACCUCAAAAAGCAGUUAAUAAAUCUUCUCAUUCAUCAGUUUAUUCCUCAGUUUUCUGGCACGGUCUGUGACCUGCUGCAUUCCACAUCUUGCGUCACUUGCAUUGAAAAAACGUCAAAAAAGUUUUUGUAUGGCAACGCCAGACAAAUUAGUAACAUAUCAGAGGAUGGAACUGUGAACGAUUUCAAUGAAAGUGACAUGCGAAAUUUUAAUGUCAAAAGCACCACAAAAUGGUUCUGCGUCAAAAUUUGGUGGUCAAACAUUCUGUCCAGCACAGCCAAUCCCACACCAAUACUUUCUUUGUCUUCAUUUUGGUCAUCUCAUAUAGUUUGUUUGGAAUUGAAAAAUCAUUUUAUAAACUCGAUGUAUGAGAUUAUACCUUUCCUAUCGUUUGACUUGAAAUCGGAGUACUUACGACUUCUUGUUCUUGACAUUCUAUCCGAGGUUUUCAAAUUUCCUCACUUCACACAACUCCAAAAUGAAAAACCAAAGCAGAACUUCAAUAAUCUCGCAACACCGCAGAGCAGCAAUCCCAACACCGUAACAACAAAUACUAACAGCCUUUCCAUCUCAACAUCUUUAACUUCAUCAAUCGCCAACACAAAAUCUGUCAAUGAACUGCAAACAUUCGAUUCAACAAAACAAUUGCAUUCAUCGAAGAAACUUGAAGUCAAUCAGUGGUUGAUAUUGAUGAUGAUAUCCUCGUUGAAGUCGCUUCAUAAGCUACUGAGCAGUGAUGACAUGAUUAAUAUUUUUGUUAAUUUGGGGGGAAUAUCUGCUUUAUAUGGUUUCUCUGAAGGGUUGUUACUGACUGAUGAUGACGCACAUCACUACAUCAUCACCACCAACAUCUGGAGAAUUUACUCCAAAUUAAUUCCAACUCAUGUCGACCGAUCAAAAUUGCUACCAUUGCCAUCUUUUUCUUCAUCUUCUGUAUCGGCAACAUCAACCUUGUCCUCCAGCCAACAGGUGAACGUAUUUGUCAUCGUUGAUGAUGAAAAAAAUGCUGAUAAAGAUGAUGAACAUUUUACUUCGAAUCACCGCAACAACAUUUCCAACAACAACACUAACAAUCAGGACAACUACAUUAAUGUCAAUAACGACUCAGAAACAACCCAUCACUGGACCAACAUUAUUGGGAUAUUAAUCAAAGGACUUAAUCUUAAGCAUCGUUACAACGUUAAAACUCUGGACGAGUUGUUGCUGCGUUAUUUUUCAACAGACUCGUCGACAUUUUCUGAUGCAGAGAAUGAAAUUCAUCCUCCAGCAGGCACUAGGGAACGUUUUGAAUUUGUUUACAAGUGGUUCUUUGCAGCCAGCCAGGCUGACAACCUGGUGUUCGCCAAACAUCUUCUGACCGGGCAGGCGUGCAGAACUUUGUACGGUGUUCUCAUUCGUUCCAUCCAUCUCUACCUCAGUGGCCAAAUAAACGCGGUCGUCAUGCCACGUGAUCAAAACACUGCCAACAUUAAAGACAUCGACACAUCGUUCGCCAUCUCAUACAGAGGUAGAAAGAAAACCGACAAACAGACUACAAUAACAGAUUCAUUUCUCCACCAUUCGUUCAUUCAAUCCAUCCUGUUCAUCCUACUGAAUGCUAUUAAUUACAAAUUAAUGUUGAAUAAUAAUGGUAAUGAUGGUGGUGGCGAUGAAGAUGAAGAUGACUGCGGUGAUGAUAAUGAUGAUCGCUGGGAUUUCUUUGCAAACAGAAAACCAGGAAUUCUAAACGAGGUCACGACAAUUGAGCAGUUUUUCAAGAAACUUCAGACUGAUUUGAUGAACGCCAUCUUCAACUCUCUACAAAACAAUAAUACAAACGUUACAAAUAACAUCAACAACUACACAAACAACGACACAACAACCAACGUCAACGUCGAUGAUAAUAACGAUGACAACAAUGUCAACAACGACAACAAAGGCGAUGGUGUCCCUAACAACAACCACAACAACAACCACUACAACAACCACAACAAUCACAACAACAUCAACCACAAUAAUGUCAGUAACCUCCUCACAAUAGCCACGAGAACAUUGCAUUUGUUGCAGGACGUUUUCCUGGGCCAGAUGACCAAUCCCAGAAGAUAUCAGGCCUUCCAUCAGCUGAUCAUGGCAUUCAAUAUUGAGAAAAGUUCAGACGGACGAAAGAAGUUUGAAAUAAAAGAAUUAAAACAUUUCAACAAGUUGAAGAUCAGUCAGCUAAUCUUCGACACAAUCAUCCGGAUGCUAAAACUCUUAAACGAUCAUUAUCAGCAUCAUCAUCAACAACAUCAUCACCAUCAGGACUGUAACAAUCGUAAUGUAAACACUGGCUUAGAUAGCAAUGAUGAUGAUGACCUCAAAAAUAAUCCUGUUGAAAUUAAUAACAAAGAAAGCAUGGAAGACAAUGAUGAUGAUGAUGAUGAUGAUGAUGAUGAUGAUGAUGAUGAUGACGAUCAUUGUGAUGAUGAUGACUGCGAAAAUGAAACUUGCAAAAACUUGAUCUUCGAGUAUGUUCGGCUGAUGAGGCGUAUGCUGAGGAAGAAGAUAUCCUCCAAUGAUUACAUCAGACAUCAGCACUACCCGGCACAACUGAUCGCCACCUGUCGACAACUUCUCAUGGACACAUCCAACGAGCAGUGUUCAGACUUGAAGAAAGAAAUUUUUAAGGUCGUGACCUUGAUGAUGUCACCGUCGUCAUCUUCGUCGUCGUCGUCAUGUUCCUACGCAGAUCUGAAAGAGUUCCUGGCUUUGUUCAGUGAGGGUGCACGACCUGAUCCAGGCAGCAUAGAGUGUCUCAACACCCUCCUGCUCAGGAUGCAACCCACCCCGACAACCUGGCUGCAUUUUCCAGUCGAACAUCAUCAUCAACAUCACCACAGCAACUGCUUCCAUCGCUUCAACCACAAUCGCGCCAAUAACGCAACUUCAACCACCUCAUCACAUUUAUCCUCCUCGCUAUCUCCAUCAUCACCACAACUUGGGAGUGCCAUAAAGACAACCGGAGAUGACGAAAAUGGCACUUCUUCCUGCACGGAGUGUGAUGAUAACCAGUUUGAAUUCUUCCGUUCACCAGCUAACCACUCCAGCGAACAAACAGCGGAAAAAUUUGUGCGUUCCUACGACGCACUUCAUGACAUCACAAACACAAAAGGUCACGUGACGCAAGUAUUGAGUGCUUCAACGAGAGAGCAAUUGACCAGCAGCAAGCAGCAGCGAGCCACCAACCAGCUACUCAGCAGGAGACAGUCAGACGUUCAUCUCGGUAACUUAACACAGGAAGUUCAAUCGAGUAGUUGGGUUAAUAUCGAAGAGGAAACCGUGAAUGAGAUUGAAACUUUUCCAAAUCAUGGAUAUCUUUCAACAAAUAUUCCUAAAGACCAAGUGAUUGAUGACGGCAAUGGCUCAUCUGAGAGUAAGAAAAUGAAAUGGAGGUUUUCCUGUGAGCUCUUUGUGGCGUUCACAGGUUUCGUCACCUGGUUCCCGGAGGAAGAUGCCCGGUUGAGCAUAUCAACCUGGAUGCGGGUGGACAAGUGGCGAGGUGGAAGUGAAUACCACCUGCUGAGUGUCGGAGAUGAAGUCUGCCUGCUGCAGUUCUGGAUCGAUCGGAAGAAGAAACUCUGUGUCAGAGUCUCUUGUAUGCUGACUGGUACAAUGGACACAACAAUUCCCAGUCGACAUCGCAAUCGUCAUCCUCCUCCUCAACAACAACAACAUCAACAACAACAUCACCAAAAACAUCAACAACAACAACAGCAUCAUCAACAACAACAACAACAACAGCAUCGCCUUGUUACAGAAAUGACCUUCAAAAAGUUGACCCUGCAGAGAAACAAAUGGCACAACGUGAUCCUGAGUUUGAGAGCUGAAAAGUCCGAACAAUUUGGCGUCUGCCUUGUCAAGGUAGUUUUCCUUGCAUGUGUUGUGUGAAGCGUACCUUAGAAAAUGUAACGUCUCUUUCGUUGUUUUGAGGGUAAAUGUGAUAUACCAGUGUUGCUCUUCUGCAAUAUUUCACAUGUUGCAGAUAUGAUGAAGUUUACCUGUAACACAUUUACUGUGAGAACAGAGAGCAAUGAUUAACAUCAAUAUUUACUUGUUAUAUAACUAACCUUGGAUUUUAUGUCUGCUUAACAAACAAACAUGCUGUAAGAUCGUAUAGAG